UUCUUCGAUCAUGCUUGGUCCUGCGUCGUCAUUGCGUGACCACAUUCUAGACCGUGUCAGCUGCUUUCACAGUUCUAGAGGUAGAGAGUUCAUGGGGCGCAGGUCAUCUUCGAAUGCAGAUGCUCUCGACUGGCUGUCUCCCAAGUCCAGGAGAAGCUGUAUAUGAGCGAAGUUGUCGCUAUUCAUUCUUCGGCUUGAUGGGUGUUGACAUGGCCGAUAGCAGUCAUUGGAUCUUGGAGCUGUGAAGUUUGUGUGAGAUGAAUAAACAUGCGUUUCAAACUGGCUAUAGCGCUGGUGCGUGAAGGGUUGGUGUUUGGAACAUUAGGAUUAAUGUACUGCUAGGUCGACCACCUUCGCAGAGCCAGCACAGGUGCCUCUGGAAUUUCUAAAAGAUUUAGUUUCUCGAACUUAUUGAUUCAUUACUUUCCAGGAGGGAUUGAACGCUUUCCUUUUCUUUCUCGAAAUCCUUCAUUUUUUCCGACUGCCAGUGUAACUCUCAGUCUGGAAAGGCCCUGGUAACACUUCGUCUUCUCAUUAUCAUAUGGGCGUCAAUACGCAUGUAAAAACAAACGUAACAUAGAAGCUUAUAUCAUUAUUUAUAGUUUUUGGCAGUUGUGUAUACAUGAUGCUCAUUGAACUCCUGCGUGUUGUUAUUUCGAGGUCACGAAUUCUAAGUAUUUCAGCUUUCUCCAUAGAGGCACAUCGUAGGAAUUGUUGACAUACAAGAAUUGGCAAAAUUGUUGCUUAGUCCUGUGUUUGAGAUUUGUUGCAUUUCUACAGCUAGACUUGACUGUGUCCGAUCAAAGAUUCACAAUAAAUGGAUGACUAUUGACGUGGAACAGGCUGCGAAUCUUUUCCGUUUCGCAAAAUCACAAAUUUAUUUAUUCACACAUAUAAAUAAUAAUGAUUAUUAUCAUUGUAUAACUAAAAUUGGAUGGUUCUCACAAGCUAAAAUUCACAAAAAAAGAAUCCACAUCAAAGUAUUACGUAGUAUAUAUUUUAAAGUAACAUGUAGUAUGUAUUUCCUUUGCAUUUGAAUGGUUUUCUGCACCAAUAAGAACAGGGCAAAUGUGAACUGGGGAUCUACUGCUUGUUCAGCUCUACUUUUCAAGAACUCUGUUUCAGGCCUUCGUCGUCGUCGUCGUCUUCGUCAUCGUCGUGGUGGCUCUCCCUCUCACCCUCUGUGCCCCUUUGAAAUCUGUUGUUGUUGUUGCUUCAUGGCGAUGGAGGCAUUGGGUGCAGCCAAUUCCCAGUUUGCGGGUGGUAGCAGCCCAGCACCGUUCCAGGUCCAAGUGAAAGCCAACUUGGCAAACAAAGCAAUUCACGCUUCGGCGGAUUCUUGCUAUCGAUGCGUGAGCUGGGGACUUUUUGUUUGUUUGGGUUACGAGCUAAUUGGUGGUCAUGCCUGCGAUCGCCAUUUCAACUACAGGUGCAGCCAUCGAUCUGCUGCUGUCGCCUCUUGCAAAUUUGUGGGUGAAAUUUUCUUUCGAUGCGAAUCGGCAUGUUUUGGCUCUAUUUUCCCUGGUUGGGAGCCGCUUCAGGUUUAAAUCACCUUGCCAACAUUUUUGGUGGUUUGCUGAUUACGUUCACAAGAUCAAAAACAGUAAUGGCGCCGCGAGGGGAUGGGAGGGGAAGAAAGCGCGAAGUGUUGAUAGAGAACGUUUGAACCCCUGAGAUU